GCAAUCCGCGUCCAUCUCUGCCUGGGGUAACUAGCAAUCUGCUACCCCUUUCAGCACUCUCUCAAAGAAAGGAGGCUGGGAAAGGAGUCAGAAACCCUAGCUUCUUCCUGCAAGAAACCCUCCUUCUCUUGAAAUUGCCAGAUUCUCCUUCUCCAAACCCACGUUCGUCUCUCUCUGCGCCGUCCUUCUGGUGGGCCGCACCCUCGAUCGGUCACAAUUCAAUAGAUCACCUUUCCCCCUCUUCCGUACUUUUUGAAAAAUUUGAACGUUGGCCUGUAAGUCAUUUACAGGGAAGUGACUUCUCGUCCCCAGCCCAAUGAAGUUCUCUGGCAGUGGAUUUCUUCCCCCAAACACCACCUAAAUGUUUAGUCGAUCCGUUCAUCUGGUUGGCCGUAUCGUGGAUGGCCCGCGAUAGAAGAACUAUGUAAAUAGUCAUGGGAUUAAGUAAGAUUGAAGUGAACUUAAGGAGGUUGCUCGCCGCUGCACCUCAGCAACAAAAUCAGGCAAAACUCAUACAUUAUGUUGCUACUUUACGGGAACAACUAGAACAAUUGGGAGCAGAAACAACCUUAGAGGGCUUACCGAGGAUUUCUAAAGCGAAGGCGAAUGAGUAUUCGGAGAAGAUUGAAGCUCUAGCAGCCAAAUUAGCUGCUCAGUCGCCUUCUGUGCCAGGAUCCUUGGAGUCAGUCGAUGAAAUCCAAAUUGAGCAAAGCCCUACCAGAACUGAGGAAGGUGGAGCUCUUCUGUCCCCCUCUCGAGGAUUGCGAAGGAGACUUGGAACUCCUAACAAAGCUGGAGAAAGAAUUCAUGAGAUCGUGGAGAGUGAUCCUUCAAAGCCCAUUAAAUUGGAUGCUGCCGCACAAGCACACAUUGAAAAGCACAGGAAGCUUCAAGAGGAUUUCACAGAUGAAAUGGUUGGGUUAGCACAGCAACUGAAAGAGAGUAGCCUCAUGAUGAACCGAUCAUUGCAAGACACUGAGAAGAUACUCGAUUCAACCGAGAUGGCUGUGGAACAUAGCUUGGCGAGCACUGGGCAUGCAAACACGAGGGCCAUGGAGAUUUAUUCUGAGAGUUUCAAGACCACUUGCUUCACAUGGCUCAUAAUCUUCAUCAUGACUUGCAUAUUCGUUAUGGUUGUUCUUCUCAUCCGUGUGACUUGAUGGGGCCUCCAAUCCCAUGCCAUAAGACCAUUUCCCAUUUCUCUGAAGCUCCGUGAAAUAGGUACUGUUUAGUCUUGUUUUCUCAAAGCUAUUCAUGUUAUGUAAAUUUUAUAAUGCAUGCAUGUUUGCGGUGGAGUGAAAAAUGUGUCCCACCAUUUUCGACCCAUGCAUUCAUUUUCUGAUCUAUUUUUCAUGUACAAACAUUGUGUUAAAUAUUGAUCGAGAUGUAUGGAUCCAUGGAUCUCUGUGUCUA